AUGGUUGCACAAAUUUUGGACGGUAAGGCUAUCGCCUUAGACCUUCGUACAAAGAUACACGAUGAAAUCGCUCAAUUUCAAUUGAAGCACCCUGAUUUCAAACCAAACUUGGCUAUCAUUCAAGUUGGUGAUAGACCAGAUUCAACAACUUAUGUUAAGAUGAAAUUGAAGGCAGCUGAAGAGGCCAAUAUUGGAUGUGAGAUUAUAAAGUUGCCUGAGGAUAUCUCCGAAUUUGAAUUGUUGAAUGAAGUUUCAAAAUUGAACAACUCCUUGGAUGUUGAUGGAAUCUUGGUUCAAUUACCAUUGCCAGAACACAUCGACGAGUCAAAGGUUACCGAUUCAGUUUUAGCCGAUAAAGAUGUUGAUGGAUUUGGUCCCUUUAAUGUUGGCGAGUUGUCUAAAAAGGGCGGCGAGCCAAAAUUUUUACCCUGCACCCCAAAGGGAAUCAUGCAUUUAUUAGAGGUAUCUGGUGUUGAUGUCGAUGGUAAAACUGCAGUUGUUUUGGGAAGAUCUGACAUUGUUGGUAAGCCAGUUGCCAACUUGCUCACUAAAUCCAAUGCCAGUGUAACUGUAGUUCACUCAAGAACCCCUAUUGAACAAGCGAAACAGUAUUUAAGCGAAGCUGAUAUUGUUGUUGCUGCUAUAGGUCAACCACAAUACGUCAAAGGUGAAUGGUUAAAGCCAAAUGCAGUCGUUAUCGAUGUAGGUACCAACUUUAUCCCUGACAGUACAAAGAAAAGUGGUCAGAGAAUGGUUGGUGACGUUGAAUAUGAAGCUGCCAAGGAAAAGGUUCAGUUGAUUACCCCAGUUCCUGGUGGAGUUGGGCCAAUGACUGUGGCUUGUUUGUUGGACAAUGUGGUAAUUGCAGCAAAGAGGCACUACAAAGCAAACAACGAAACUCCAAAAUUCACUAAUCCUUUAAAGUUGAAUUUGAAAAAACCAGUUCCUUCAGACUUUGAGAUUUCUCGUGCCCAACAACCCAAACGUAUCACUCAAGUUGCUGAAGAAGCCGGUAUUUUGGAUGCUGAAUUGGAACCAUUUGGUUUCACCAAGGCAAAAGUUUCAUUGGACAUUUUGAAAAGAUUACACAACAAAAAGAAUGGUAAGUACGUUCUUGUCACUGGUAUCACACCAACCCCAUUGGGUGAAGGUAAAUCUACCACUACUGUCGGUUUAGCCCAAGCUUUGGGUGCACAUUUGAACAAGAAUGUUUUUGCAAAUGUCAGACAACCAUCAAUGGGACCAACAUUUGGUAUCAAAGGUGGUGCUGCUGGUGGUGGUUACUCCCAAGUUAUUCCAAUGGAUGAGUUCAACAUGCACGUCACUGGUGAUAUUCACGCCAUCACUAUGGCAAAUAACUUGUUGGCAGCUGCUAUAGACACGAGAAUGUUUCAUGAAACCACUCAAAAAGAUGGCCCCUUGUACAGAAGAUUGGUGCCAGAAAAGAAAGGUAAAAGAACAUUUACCAAAUCGAUGUUAAGAAGAUUAGAGAAGUUAGGCAUUAACAAAACCGAUCCAAACGAAUUGACUCCCGAAGAAGUAACUGCAUUUGCUAGGUUGGAUAUUGACCCUGAAUCAAUCACCUGGAAGAGAGUCGUUGACUGUAACGACAGAUUCUUGAGAGGUAUUACCGUCGGACAAGCUCCAACUGAAAAGGGUUUUACCAGAGCCACCGGUUUUGAUAUUACUGUUGCUUCUGAGUGUAUGGCUAUCUUGGCUUUAGCCAACUCUUUGGAAGACAUGAGGGAAAGAUUGGGUAAGAUGGUCAUUGGUACUUCUAAACUAGGUGUGCCGGUUACAUGUGAGGAUAUUGGAUGCGCUGGCGCCUUGACUGCAUUAUUGAAAGAUGCUAUUAAACCAAACAUUAUGCAAACAUUGGAAGGUACGCCAGUUUUUGUCCACGCUGGUCCUUUUGCCAACAUUUCUAUUGGGGCUUCAUCCAUUUUGGCAGAUAAGAUGGCAUUGAAGUUAGCUGGUACCUCCAAUGACUUGACUCCUGAAGAAAGAAAAGAGCAAGAGGGUUAUGUUGUUACUGAAGCUGGUUUCGAUUUCACAAUGGGUGGAGAAAGAUUUAUCAACAUUAAAUGUAGAUCAAGUGGUUUAGCUCCAGAUGUUAUUGUCAUUGUUGCCACUGUUCGUGCUUUGAAAGUCCAUGGAGGUGGUCCAGAAGUUAAAGCAGGUGCACCAUUGGCUCCAGAAUACACUCAAGAAAAUGUCGAAUUGUUGAGAGCCGGAUGCUCAAACUUGGCCAAGCAUAUCCAAAAUGCCAAAUCUUAUGGUUUACCAGUUGUCGUUGCUAUUAAUAAGAUGUCAUCAGACUCCGACAAAGAACACGAGGUUAUUAAGGAGGAAGCUUUGAAAGCCGGUGCUAUCGAUGCAAUCGUUUCAAACCACUGGGAAGAAGGAGGAAAAGGAGCUAUUGACUUGGCUGAGGGGGUUAUUGCAGCUGCCAACAGUAACGACAAGAACUUCCACUUCCUUUACGGUACUGAGCCAUCAAUUGAGGAUAAGAUUUCUACUAUUGCCAAGGAGAUGUACGGUGCUGGUGAAGUUGAAUUCUUGCCAGAAGCGCAAAAGAAAAUUGACUUGUACACCAAGCAAGGAUUUGGUAAAUUGCCAGUGUGUAUUGCCAAAACUCAGUACUCGUUGUCUCACGAUGCUAGUUUGAAAGGUGUUCCAACCGGAUUCAAGUUCCCAAUAAGAGAUGUUAAGGCGUCAAUUGGUGCUGGUUACUUGUAUGCUUUGGCAGCUGAAAUCCAAACCAUCCCUGGAUUGCCAACUCACUGUGGUUUUAUGAAUGUCGAAGUUAACGAAGACGGCGAGAUUGACGGAUUGUUCUAA